AUGGAUCCAGAUGCUCUCCAAGAUACUAUACCUGUCUUCUGCACCGCCGCCAUAUCUCACGAAAUCUUAAAUGAAUUCCUCGUGCAGGGCUUAGGCGCGCCGGAGCUCGCGAAUCCAGGCGCCGACUUUGUCGCUGUAUUAGUUGAUACCCUUGACGUAGCGACCAUUACCAAACCUUCCCGACCGCCGAUAGGAAAGCCGACCACAUACCCCUUUAUCGACUGGUCCGUCGAAGAUGUCAUCCAGUUCUCUGAAGCACAUUUCGAUCGGUUCAAGCAAGGCAUCGUGCCCGACCACAUUGUCAUUCUUGAUAAGCAGACUGUGGAAGAUAAAACUUGUCUGUUAGUGACACUUCGGGAAGAAUGUGAUCGCGAGUUCCUGGUUACCGCAGUUGGCGGAGACAACUAUUUCAAGCCUACUAGUCCUGAUGGAGUUAUCAGACUUGAUAAUCUGCCUUGA